AUGAAAAGAUUGUCUCUAGAAAUUCAAGCUCUAGGCUUUGACGUAAAAGAAAUUUCACUACCAAGACAACGGAAGCUUCCUAAGAAACUGGAUGAGCGACCAGAAAAUGCUUUUAAUUUUUGUAGAGCUGAAAAUUUUAUGCGUACCAAUAUUUUAUUUGCUGCUAUCGACAAUAUGGUAGAAAAUAUGAGAAUGAGAUUCUCAGAAAAUGACUAUAAAUUCAUAGCAUAUAUUAAGAAUUGUCUCAUGCUGAAUAAAAAUAAUUUCAAGAAGAAAGAAGCAAAUAAAAUUAAUGAAUUUUACAAAUUAACUGAAGACAUGAAUCAGCUCUAUCGGGAAUUAGAGAUUUAUAGGCAGUUUUUCUCCCCAAACGUUGAAAAUAGCAUAAAAGACUGUACUCAAAAAUUCUUACAUAGCGAUCUCAAAGUAAUGUUACCAUUAGUAUGGAAACUUUUCCAAAUCAUAUUAACAUGCCCAGUAAGUACUGCUUCAGCUGAAAGAUAUUUCUCAACAUUGAAAAUUCUUAAAGACUAUUUGAGGAAUACUAUGGGUGAAGAGAGAGACUAA